CACUUUCUUUAUACCAAAUGUCCGACCAAACUCAGGCUACUACCGAAGUUAAUCCAAUUAAGCCAGAAGCUGCUGCUGCUAAGGAAGCUACCGUGUCCAAGGCCGCUGUUCCAGCUGUUGCAGACGAUGAUGUAGACGAUUUAGACGACCUUCUCGACGACUUUGCAGACGACGUUCUCAGCAAACCACCAGGAGCCGGGGUUGCCCAAUCACCAAAAACCAACCCCACAACCGCAGGCACAUCUGCUGAUGCGCCACUCAACGAUGAAUUGCAAUCUGGCAUUGCGGACCUCAUCAAGGAUCUCAACAUCACUGACCCAGAAACCCAAACCCAAUUUGAACAACUUGUGUCACAGUUCGAGACUGAGCAUCGUGCCGAAGUUGAAGCACAAGAACGUAAACCAGCCAAUUUCGAACAUGUCAUGAAGGAAACCAUGGAACGAUUGAAAAACAGUGGUAAAGACAUCGACGACAAGAUUAGUGGCGACGGUGCUGGUAUUGGUGGAGAAGAUUUACUUACACAAAUGCUUGCUGGAUUAGGCGGAGACGGUGAUAAUUUAGAUAUGAACAAGUUGUUGGUAGAGAUGUUGGAACAAUUGUCGAGUAGAGAAGUGUUGUAUGAACCAAUCAAGGAUUUGAAUACCAAAUUUCCCGAUUACUUGAAAGAGAACAAGGAUAAGUUGGAUGAAGCUAAAUACACUACAUAUAAUAAGCAAUAUGAAAUCACUACCGAGAUUAUUACUAUUUUCGAAGCUGCUGACUAUAGUGAUGAUAACAAAGCUAAAAGAGACCAAGUUAAUGAACUUUUAGAAUCCUUACAAGAAUUGGGCCAACCUCCUGAAGAGUUGGUGGGCAAUGGUGAAUUUUUACCAGGAUUUGGUGGUGGUGGUGCUGGCAAUGAUCUUGAUUUCAAUGAUAAGGAUUUACCAGAAGAUUUAGCCAAGGACCUCGAGCAAGGAUGUAAGCAACAGUAAUUAUAUAGUUAAUCCCGAUCUAUUUGCAAAAUCUUGAUAGUAUUGUAACAUUUCAUGAGUAAUACCUCGAGCGAUUCCUACUAAUGCAUGGUCAAAAUGACGUUUAUGUACAGUAGAACAUUGAUUGUCCUCCAUGAUUGCGGCAAGACCUGCUUCUUGACAAAGUAAGGUGACUUCAGCCCCGGAACACCCUUCGGUAAGUUUAGCAAGUUGCUGUAAGUCGACUUCAUUCUGAUCUAAGUCAAACUUGCUGCAGCACUUCUCUAAGAUCUGUACUCUUGCUUCAAAAUCAGGAGGGGCAACGUAGAUAUGACGAUCUAAUCUACCCGGACGUAACAAUGCUGGAUCGAUGUCACUUGGCUUAUUAGUAGCACCAAUAAUAACCACUCCUUUCAAUUCUUCAACCCCAUCAAUUUCAUUAAGCAAGGAGGUAAGCACAUUCAGGGAUGCAUCGGUAGAAGAAUCUCUCACGCUGGCAAUAGCAUCAAUUUCAUCAAAGAAGAUAAUACUGGGUGAUGCUGCUCGGGCCUUUCUGAAUAUUUCUCUGAUUGUUCUUUCUGAUUCACCAACGUACUUGUUGAAGAUUUCUGGUCCUUUCACGGCAAGGAAGUUAAGACCUGAUUCCGUGGCCAAUGCUUUUGCAGUAAGGGUUUUGGAACAACCUGGUGGUCCAUAGAGGAGCACACCUUUAGGAGCAGAUAUCCCAAGUUUGGAAAAACUGGCAGAAGCUUGCAAUGGCAAUUGAACCACUUCAAUAAGUUUCUGUUUAAGUUCAUGUUGUCCCCCGAUAUCUGUCCAAUGUACUUUUGGCAUUUCCAACAAGAUCUCACGCAUGGCUGAAGGACGAAUGUCAGGGUAUGCUGCAAGUAAGUGGUCUACGGUGACCUUAAUCUC